AUGGCCAGGAUGAGCUUGGCCUUGGCAGCCGGUCGACUGGUGCUGGGCGUGCUGGCGACGUCGCUGCCUGGGGCCGCCCUGCACAGCGGUGAGUGCCCGCAGCUGUGCGUGUGCGAAAUCCGGCCCUGGUUCACGCCGCAGUCCACGUACAGAGAGGCCGCCACCGUGGACUGCAACGACCUCCGCCUGACCGGGAUCCCCGGCAACCUCUCCAGCGACACGCAGGUGCUUCUCCUGCAGAGCAACAGCAUCGCCAAGACCGUGGGCGGGCUGCAGCAGCUCUUCAACCUGACCGAGCUGGACUUCUCCCAGAACAACUUCACGGACAUGAAGGAGGUGGGGCUGGCCAACCUGAGCCAGCUCACCACGCUGCACCUGGAGGAGAACCAGAUCACCGAGAUGCCCGACCACUGCCUGCAGGGCCUCAGCAGCCUGCAAGAGCUCUACAUCAACCACAACCAGAUCAGCACGAUCUCCGCCAAUGCCUUCGCGGGCUUAAGAAAUCUCCUGAGGCUGCACCUGAACUCUAACAGGCUGCGGGUCAUCGACAGCCGCUGGUUCGACGCGACGCCCAACCUGGAAAUCCUCAUGAUCGGGGAGAACCCCGUGGUCGGGAUCCUGGACAUGAACUUCAGGCCCCUCUCCAACCUGAGAAGCUUGGUUCUGGCAGGGAUGUAUCUCACGGACGUCCCCGGGAACGCGCUGGUGGGCCUGGACAGCCUCGAGAGCCUGUCUUUUUACGAUAACAAACUGGUCAGGGUCCCGCAACUCGCCCUGCAGAAAGUCCCAAACCUGAAAUUCUUAGACCUCAACAAAAACCCCAUCCACAGAAUCCAGGAGGGAGACUUCAGGAACAUGCUUCGGCUGAAGGAACUGGGGAUCAACAACAUGGGGGAGCUCGUGUCCGUGGACCGCUACGCCCUCGAUAACCUGCCGGAACUCACCAAGCUGGAAGCCACCAACAACCCCAAGUUAUCUUACAUCCACCGCUCGGCUUUUCGGGGUGUCCCUGCGCUGGAGAGCUUGAUGCUCAACAACAACGCCCUGAACGCCGUCUACCGGAAGACGGUGGAGUCCCUGCCCAACCUGCGUGAGAUCAGCCUGCACAGCAACCCCCUGCGCUGUGACUGCGUCAUCCACUGGGUCAGCUCCAACCAGACCAGCAUCCGCUUCAUGGAGCCCCUGUCCAUGUUCUGCGCCAUGCCGCCCGAGUACCGGGGGCAGCAGGUGAAGGAGGUUCUGAUCCAGGACUCGAGCGAGCGCUGCCUCCCCAUGAUCGCCCACGACACGCCCCCAGCCCACGUGGACGUGGACGUGGGCGCGACAGCACUCCUGGACUGCCGGGCCAUGGCCGAGCCCGAGCCCGAGAUUUACUGGGUCACGCCCCUCGGGAAUAAGAUAAGCGUGGAAACCCCGUCGGAUAAAUACGCGCUCAGCAGCGAGGGCACCUUGGAAAUCUCUAGCGUGCAAACGGAAGACUCGGGGAGGUACACCUGUGUCGCCCAGAACGUCGAAGGGGCAGACACUCGCGUGGUGACAGUUAAAGUCAACGGAACCCUUCUGGAUGGCGCCCAGGUGCUGAAAAUCUACGUCAAGCAGACGGAAUCUCAUUCCAUUCUGGUGUCCUGGAAGGUGAAUUCCAACGUGAUGACGUCGAACUUGAAGUGGUCGUCGGCCACCAUGAAGAUCGACAAUCCCCACAUCACGUACACCGCCAGGGUGCCGGUAGACGUCCACGAGUACAACCUCACUCACCUGCAGCCCUCCACCGACUACGAAGUGUGCCUCACCGUGGCCAGCCUCCACCAGCAGACCCAGAAGUCGUGCGUGAACGUCACGACCAAAACGGCCGCCUUCGCGCUGGACGUCUCCGACCAGGAGACCAGCACCGCCCUCGCCGCCGUGAUGGGGUCCAUGUUCGCCGUCAUCAGCCUUGCGUCCGUGGCCGCGUACGUUGCCAGACGGUUCAAGAGGAAAAACUACCACCACUCGUUAAAAAAGUACAUGCAAAAGACGUCUUCCAUCCCGCUGAACGAGCUGUACCCCCCGCUCAUUAACCUCUGGGAGGGCGACUCCGAGAAGGACAAGGACGGCCCCGCCGACGCCAAGCCCCCCCAGGUCGACACGUCCAGAAGCUACUACAUGUGGUGA